CCAGUCGCAGCUUGUACGCGAUCGUGUGAAAACGUUGUAAAUUUUGAACAAGUGCUGCUUAUGCGCGCGUGAACCAUUUGCACCCCUGCUGCAUCUGGGAUCUUAAAACGGCCGGUAUCGGCAGUGUUGGGAAACAGUAGAUGCUCGAAUGGCACGAGGAAGGCUACUAUGUGUCCUAUUGUGAAUAAUUAUUGACGAGGAGUAGCAUAACUUGAAUGGUUAGCUGCGAUAAGGGAAUUCAAGUUUUGAAGAAUAACAAAAGUGGAAUUUAGUGAAUCUUACAAUCCUACUAUUGUGAAAGUGUGUGAGGUUUACAGCACUAGUAACAUAAUUUACGAGCUAAGUGUCGUGGAAUAUUGAAAUUGGAUUGUGUCAUACACAUCGUUGGAGGCGUUUGGGGUGCUUUUGAAAGUGUGUUUUUGGGCAGGUGUUGCGAAGUACGUCGAGUUGAGAAGCUGUUUAGUGACUUCAUCCAGAUAACCUAGCAACAAAGACAAGAUGCGGUUCGUUUAAGUUGUGAUCAUUUCCGUGCUUCCACCCAAGGGCACAUUACUCCGUCGUCCAGCAGACAAUACAGCGGUUACCAUCAUGGGGAAAUCAAUCUACACUAUUAAUUCGGAUAACCCUAGUAGGAAUGGAACCGUAGAGGCUAAGAAAGAAGUCUUCAGUAAAGAUGACGAAUCAAAACCCGAAGUGGGACAAUUUCGGACCGUUCUACCGCAAAUUUUGGCCAGUACGGCUAAAAAUUUCCUCCUCCUUGAUCUGGGUAUGGCAGUAGCAUUCCCAACCAUAGUCAUCCCGGCACUACGAGGUUUGAAGAAUCGUGCACCGGACGAGUUCCUCUAUUUCACACCAGCUCAGGCAUCGUGGUUUGGAAGUGUAGCUUACAUAUGUCAACCGAUUGGCAGUGUUCUGUCCGGUAUAGUUCUCGAACCAUUGGGACGGAAGCGCUCCAUGAUUCUGGUGAACAUACCGCACAUUAUCGGUUGGUUGAUGCUUCAUUUCGCUGGAUCGUUGGAGGAAAUGUAUAUAGCAGCUAUUCUAAUUGGGUUGGGCGUUGGAUUUAUGGAAGCACCCAUCGUGACGUAUGUCGGAGAAAUAUGUCAACCAUCGAUACGUGGCAUCCUAACGUCCUGUGCUGGAGUGGCUGUGAUGCUAGGUUUCUUCGUAGUGUAUCUGCUGGGAACGGUAACCACGUGGCGCAUAACGGCUGCCAUUUGCGUUUCCGUUCCACUGGCUACCAUGAUUGCUAUAUGUUUCGUUCCGGAAACACCUAUGUGGUUGCUGUCAAAGAACCGUGAGGAAGAUGCUCGCAAAUCACUUCAAUGGCUACGAGGCUGGGUCUCACCAGCUGCAGUGGAAAAAGAGUUCCAGGAAAUGCAACGCUACAACACUAAUGCAGCCAAAUGCACAGUCUGUCAGAAGUCCCAAAGCGCUCGCUGUGAGCAUCCCCCUCCGACCGAGUGGAUGAAGCUACAGGAGCUGAUGAGGAAGCGAAAUCUCAGACCUUUCGUGUUGGUUAUGCUGUUGUUCCUUUUUGGGCAACUAAGUGGGCUAACUGGUAUGCGACCCUAUCUGGUGCAAAUCUUUCAAGCCUACGGGGUACCGCUGGAUGCUAACUGGGCUACCGUUUCGAUGGGCUUGUUAGGAUUAUUGGCGAAUAUUGUUUGCAUGAUAUGCAUCAAAUUUGUUGGAAAACGACGGUUGGCGCUAUUUUCAAUGUCAGUCACAGCCUUAUCCUGUCUUUCGUUGGCGAUCUAUGCCUUCAACGUGUUUCCUGCCGACUGGACUUCCUUCGAUGUUCACAAAGAAGUCAACACUGCAAAUGGUUUGAACUACGUGCCAAUGUUACUUUUCUUUGUUUUGGCGUUUGCUUCCAGUGUCGGAGUACUGCCGGUGCCUUGGAUACUACUCAGCGAAGUAUUCCCGUUCAAGAAUCGCAGUAUGGCAUGUGGAAUAACCGCGGCUCUGAACUACGUCAUGACAUUUGUAACAACUAAAACUUAUUUUAAUCUUGAAAACUCAUUUUCCUUACCUGGUGUGAUAUUAUUUUACGGUAUUUGUGGUAGCAUAGGAGUUUUCUUCAUGUAUUGCUUUCUGCCGGAGACAGAAAAGCGAACUCUCGAAGAUAUCGAGAUUUACUUCUCCGAUAACCAACGGAAGAUGACGGAUAUUCAUAUCCAGCAGUACCACAAGCAAAGCGAAAAAGAGGCUGCCAUUCAAAACGCUACCUCCAAACAGAAACAAGGGAUUGAAAAUAUAGCCUUCACUGAAAGUGAAAAAUGAAUAUCUCAAACUCUUAUUGGAUUAAUUUAUUUUACAGUGUUUAGUUCUAGUUGCCAUCUCAAAUAAAGAAAAAAGUUAAAACAAAAUAUGACAAAACCCUAA